AUGGGUACUAGUUCAUUUGGUGGAAUUUUGAAGAAGCAGAGGAGGAGUAAUGGUUGUGAUGCAUCAUUGUUGUUUUCAGUUGUUGUUCUUGGUGUUUUGAUGCUGAUUACUAUUGUUAAUGCUGAUCGAUUUGGUGCUGAUGAUGAUAAGCACUUCUUGGGACGUCGUGGUGGACUUGGUGGUGGUGGAGGUUUAGGACAUGGUAUUUACAGCAAGGGGUUUAGACAUGGUGGAGGACUUGGUGGUGGGGGUGGUAUAGGGGGAGGUGCUGGCGGUGGAUUUGGAGGUGGAGGUGGUUUGGGUGGUGGAGGCGGAGGAUUAGGUGGAGGUGGUGGUGGUGGCAUUGGAGCUGGUGGAGGUGGUGGACUAGGAGGUGGGGGUGGAGUCGGAGGUGGUGCUGGUGGGGGUGCGGGAGCUGGUGGAGGCAUAGGCGGUGGCGCAGGUGCCGGUGGUGGAACUGGUGGAGGCGGUGGUGCUGGAGCUGGUGGAGGUGCUGGUGGUGGUGUUGGGGGUGGAGGUGGGGUUGGUGGGGGUGCUGGAGCUGGUGGAGGUGUAGGUGGUGGUGCAGGUGCUGGCGGCGGUAUCGGUGGAGGUGGUGGACUAGGAGGUGGAGGUGGUGCUGGCGGUGGUAUUGGAGUAGGAGGUGGUGUCGGUGGUGGAGCUGGUGCUGGUGGUGGAAUUGGUGGAGGUGGGGGAUUGGGAGGUGGUGGAGGAAUGGGAGGAGGAGGCGGUGCUGGUGGAGGCGGAGGAGUAGGUGGUGGAGCCGGUGGAGGAAUUGGUGGUGGGGCUGGUGGUGGAGGUGGAUUUGGUGGUGGGGGUGGAGGAGGUGUAGGAGGCGGUGCAGGUUUUGGCGCUGGUGGAGGCUUCGGUGCUGGAGCUGGUGUAGGCCUUGGGGGUGGGGGCGGAGGCGGUGGAGGAGGAGGAGGCGGUGGAGCUGGUGGAGGUGCAGGUUUUGGAGGAGGAUUUGGAGCCGGUGGUGGUGCUGGCAGUGGUAAUUAA